CACAGUUGAAGCCGAGCGUCUGAACAUGGGUUCUUUAGUGACUCAGCCUCUGGAGCCAAUUAAGGUUGCUGCGCCUCCUGAAGCCACCAGCUCCGUCGAGCCCCCGCCCCUCGCUGCACCUGGAGCGCCGACCUCUCCAGCGGAAGCCCCUCUAUUUAAUAACUGCUGGAGCUGUCGCGUGCUUUCAGGGACGGGGCUAAUAGGGGCGGGCGGGUACGUCUACUGGGUGGCGCGGAAGCCCAUGAAGCUGGGAUACCCCCCGGGCCCAGGGACUAUUACGCAGAUGGUCUUCGGCAUCAGUGAGAGUCGGGACAACGCGGGGCCUUUGGGCAUUGCUUGUUGGGGUGUAGUCAUCCUUUCAGACCCCAAAGGGAAGGCCUUCCGUGUUGAGUGAAAGUACUACUAGUGAAUUUAUCAUCUGUCCAUGUCCCAGGACACCAGAACAAGCAUGGGACUUAGGGAUAUACUGGACAAAUGGACAUUGACAGACUUUAUUCCUGAGGAUACCACAAGACUGAAGAAGAAAUGAUAAACCAAGUUGGAAAAUGAACUAAACUAUUAUUUUAAAUAGUUCUCUUUACUUCUUCUAUAAUUGGGUCAACGCCUAUUAACAAUCUAACACUGGAUUGGCAUCAUGCAAUGUACAGAAGUACAUAAAACUUUUUAUCUGUGUACUGCUCAUAAUUUUUUCAUUGGUGGUAAGUGAAACUUUAAAAAUAGUCCUGGUGGUUUGCCCAGGGUCAUUCAGCAAGUCCUUGGUGCAUCUAGGAUUGUUCAGUUCUUGUUCUAGUCUUUCAGAACGAGGGUGAUUCCAAACAGGCAAGAAUUACCUUUAUGAAACAAAAAUUAGUAUAUAAUUAAAAGUACCAAAAAAUUUGAGAGAAAUUCACAUUUAUCAUUAAAAACAAUAACAUUUGGUUCUUUGUCUACAACUGCUGGAAGUGAUUCUGUGAUGAAAUUGACAUGCUUUUGAGAUAAUGACUUAAAAUUUGACAGUUCAUUUCUAAGAGAAUUCUGUGCUUCCUACCAGUCUUUUUCACUUCUGAUAUAUACCCCAGCUUUUCCAUAAAAUUAUACUUAACUGUUUUUCAGAGCAGAAAGAUAGUUAAGUUCAGCUGCCAAUCACAGUGUGUAAGUUGAAAGAUUGGUUGAGCAACUCCUAUCAGACCUGUUGCUUUCUAGUAUGUAGAAGUGCCUGGAUCUAAUGCUGAGUGACUAUUCCUAACGUUUUCUUAAGUUAAAACAAAGUACAUAAAUCUAA